AUGUCGGGGGAUGAGAGGGAGGACGACUACGAUGAUGUCCCACUCCAUCACAGGAAACCCUUCGGCUCAGGCCUACGACGGAACGAGAUCAAAUUCGUGCCCGCCUUGAACGAAGAUCCAAAUACAGCAAAACAACCAGGAGGCCAGACGAACGGGAAGUCAAUCAGCGAUUUCUACCUCAACAUGGUCCUGAAGAAGCCAGAGCCCGCAACAAUGCAAAAGCAGCCUGCCACAGUCGCCAUCUGCGACAUAUGCAAGAUACCACUCACACCCACAGACAAGGCAGCAAGUGAUGGAAGUAGCAGCGGGAUGACAGGCGGCCACCAUGAAUCCUCGAUAGCCCACCAGGUCUGCCUGGCGCACUCACACCCGCCAUCCGCGCUGGAUCGCACCCGCAUGGGCCUGUCGGUACUCGAGUCGCAGGGCUGGGAUCCAGACGCCCGCACGGGGCUCGGCGCUGCCGGGCAGGGGACGCACUACCCCAUCAAGGCGAAGUCCAAAGAUGACCGCUUGGGGAUUGGCGUUGUGGUGCCCAAAGAUUUUGAAGCGAAGAAGGAAAAGGAGAAACCGAAGCUCUUGGACGCCAAGAAGGUGCGCAAGAUGGCGGCUGAGGACCGCAAGAGGGCCGACAGGCUGCAGCAGAGGAUCUUUGGGCGGGUUGACCUCGAGAAAUAUUUGGGGCCAGAUGCCUGA